AUGCCUAAAGUAGACAAGCAAAAGCCCACACCGGAAGAAGUUAUAGCAUUACAGAGAAAAUCUGUUGUAGAAAAUAUAUAUAAAUCUACUUUAAAUUGGAUUAAUCAGUUUGAAAAAUAUCAUAAAGAUACUAAUCUUCCUGGUAAAUUAUCUGAUAUUUCAGAUUCAAAGCAACUUGAAGAAGAACUUUGUAAAUACUUUACUGUAUGUCACAAGGCUAAUGGUGAUGAAUAUUCUGUAACAUCCCUUCAAUCUGCAAUUAAUGCAUUUAAUCAGUAUUUUAAUGAUAAGACAAGCAAAAUUAAACUGAUUGACUUAAAUAAUAAAAAAGCAUAUCCUGAUCUUUGGCAAACAUUAAAUGGAAAAAUUAAAACAUUGUCUGCAAGUGGAUAUGGAGAAACUAAUGGGUCUGAUGCUUUAACUAUCGAUGAAGUUCAAAGAAUUUUAUUGCAUCCUCAAACAUCAAAUCUUGAAAGCCCUGGUAUCGCUGAAACAUUUUCUAUUCCACCUAUCUUUGAUAUUAUUGAAUCAUAUGAUAAAUAUAUAGCCAAAUGUCCUCCUAAUGCUGAUUCUUAA